AGUCAAUCGAUGUGCAUCGCUUGAGACGGGGUGGAAAACAUUUAGGGGUAAGAAAGAAGUGUGUGCUCGAUUAGCAAAAGCACGUAUUCAGUAAGCGUGGAUUCGAAUUAUGCCUCAAGAUGAAGUGCUUAAAAAUAUAUAUGUUUUGAUUAAGGUUGCGUUGGUUUCUUGUGUUGCUCCUCGCACUUGGCAUCACUUCAGCCUUCGGCGUGAAAGACUGAUCCUAUUGCUGUAAAAAGGUUGGCCACUUGCCAAGACCUGGAACAAGUGCGCCUCCCUUCCAUGCUGUUAGGCGUAUUCAUAGUUAGGGGUUUGGCUGAUUUUAAAAAGGCAAGCCUGGCCUGAAGUUGAUCAGUCUGCUCAAGAAACUUCUCUGGAGGGGAAAGUAUUGGAAUCGGUUUCAAAGGGGGGAAGGUCCAGGUUUUGUACAAAGAAUUGCAUUGCACCGAGAGAGGACAUCAAUUCUGUCAAUUAAGAAAAACAUUGCAUCCCGAAGUGUAGUCUUUUCAUUAGAUUUGGACUUGUUCUGUGAAUACUUUUUAUUUGUAAAUACAAAAAAUAUUUUUUUCAGUUUAUUUAAACUGGAGUGCUGAAAAGACCAUACAUUUGGAUGCGGACAGUUUUUUUGCUUUAUAAAUCGGAUCAUUUAACCCACGGGCAUUGUCGGUCAAUUCGUUUCACAUUUGAGGUUUAACAAUUGCGAGACGAAUAUGUUUCUCAGUUUUUGUCUACUGGUGACAUUUGUCCUGGGGCUAUCUGGGUGCUUGGGCUCAUAUGUGCCCUGCGAGCCGUGCGACCAGAAGGCGCUCUCUAUGUGCCCCCCAGUCCCCGUCGGUUGUCAACUCGUGAAGGAGCCGGGCUGCGGUUGCUGCCUAACCUGCGCCUUAUCGGAAGGUCAGGCGUGCGGCGUUUACACCGGAACAUGCACCCAUGGCUUGCGCUGCUUGCCGCGAAAUGGAGAAGAGAAGCCACUUCACGCGCUUCUCCAUGGCAGGGGAGUGUGCACAAACGAGAAAGGAUACAAACCCCUCCAUCCACCCAUAGAUCAUGAGUCUCGGGAACACGAGGACACCCUGACAACCGAAAUAAUGGAGGACCAACUGCAGCUUGCGAAAGUGCCACUCCUCCCCAAGCAGGACGUCAUCAACAGCAAGAAGAUCCAGGCCAUGCGCAAGGACAAGGACCGCAAGCGGGCGCAGGCCAAACUGCGCUCCAUUGGGCCCAUGGACUACUCUCCACUCCCCAUUGACAAGCACGAGCCAGAGUUUGGUCCUUGCAGGAGGAAGCUGGAUGGGAUCAUCCAGGGAAUGAAGGACACAUCCCGUGUCAUGGCCCUGUCCCUGUACCUCCCUAACUGUGACAGAAAGGGCUUCUUCAAACGCAAACAGUGCAAACCGUCUCGCGGCAGGAAGCGGGGCAUCUGCUGGUGCGUGGACAAGUACGGCGUGCAGCUGCCCGGUACAGACUACAGCGGGGGAGACAUCCAAUGCAAGGAUCUAGAGAGCAGCAGCAUCAACAAUGAGUGAAUAGGCUGCUCCAACCCCGUCCCGAUCACCUGACCCAGGGCCCUGCCUCCUCCUUUCCCUCCUGCCUGUCUGCUCCGCCCUCCAGUCACUUUUUGAGAUUUUCAAUACAAAAAAAAUUAAACCAUCAAAUGAACGAAAGGACAGGCUUGAAAAAAGGACACCUGAAAUCUCUUUUUUUUUGUGUGACUGUGUGCUCAUCUCUUAGUAGACGGAACCCAGGAGGUUUUAAGCCCUUGUUUGACCCUCGGGCCCCUCCCCCACUAAGAGUUGGGAACCACACUAAUGAUUCAUGAAAAUAUAUACUUGUGUUGAUAUAUUUUUAUAGAAGCUGGGGUGUAAGCACCAAACUUUGUAUCAUGUAAAGCUAACAUAAAAGCGAUGAAAAAACGAAAAUAAGGCAUGCUGAUUAUAAACAGGACUGUUUUGAUCUUUCACAUCUAUUGCUAUUGAGGUGUCAGAGGAGAUAGCUGGACCUUCUAUUGGCAGAGGUAUUUGUUUUUUUGGUUGGGUGCUUUCCAAAAAAGAAAAAAGAAGCAUGUGAUAGGGUCUUUCUGAGACAGUUGACUCUAUUUGGGUAUUUGGUUCUGUCACAGCACUUAUGAAUAGGGGAACCUGCUUGGAUAUGUGUAACUUCACUAAGUUUGUGUGGGCGUGCAUGUAUGUGUGUUUGAGUGUGUGUGUGUGUGAGAGAGAGGGAGUGAGCCUUUAACACAAGAAUGUCAUUUUUCUUUCUCUUUUCGUCUUGUCACAACAACAACAUAACAAGCAUUAUUGCUGGUGCUUGAAGUAGUCUUGAGGAUGGAUUUCUCCCACUAGCCUAUGAAACCUAUGUAUCUGGGAAAAUGGAGAGUGUUUGACAUAAUAAGCAGCUCAUUACAGACAAACCUAUGUAAGUGACUCUUUGACUCUGUAGCUAGCCUGAUAUGCCAACUGUGCCUAUUGUUAACAGACACUGCCAUGCAGGGUAACACAGAACUUAAUGGAGAACACUGCCCCUACUGGUGAAGGGAAUACUGCCACAAAGUGCCCAUUCUCUCAUCUGAUCAGAGCUGUGCUCAGCAAGACUCUAUUGGUCCAACUACCUGGACUUAAAGAAUAUUGAAUGUGGCUAAACAAUCAUGCAGUCCCCCAAUAACUAACAGCAGUAAUGCAUUUUAUUGCUAAAGUCUGGACAAAAAUUGGGAGAACGAGGGGAAAAAAGCAUUUUGUAGACUUGCAUUCACCAGUGAGGCUAGGUGUUUACUCUUUGUGUCUCAGUUGCUCGAGGGUGUAGUCUUGUAUGGUUUUGUUUGUACUGUUUUCUUUGCCUUCAGUGAAGUAACAACCGCCCACUUUUGAGCCAUGUUCCUUAACCAAGUGGUCCCCUAACACUGCUACGGUGUAACCUUGGUGUAUUACUUUUACCUAUAGAUUAAUGAAUGUUCUUUUUUUAAACAAACAACUACAAUGUACUGGUGCUUGGAAAAGGACGUGUGUAUUUUAGCCUGUAAACAAUUUGAAUGGUUCCAUGACAUCAUCCUUAUUUGAAUAUGAGACAGUCAAAAAAAAGCUAUACCCCAUCUAUAUCCUUCCCUCUUUGCUUGCAUGUCGCACCCUAAAAUUGUUCCCUCCUUCUUGACAACUUGUUUUUCAACACAACACAACAUUACUUGCAUUGGAAAUGGUGAGCAGUUUUCCUUCCACUGAAGGGGGGCAUCGUUGAACACUACCUACAGGGUCAGUUGAAAGAGUAGUUUAUGUCCGUCUGUGUGCAAGUCGCAGUGCCUUCCUACAUGCAAAUCCACAUUUGAAUAGUGAUGCAAAUGCAACGUGGUAGCUGUCUAAGUUACAGAAACCCUGCUCAUGCUGAGAGGCCCCAGAGUAGUAGUUCUUGGUGUAGUACAGACAAAGGGUAACUCUAUAGGAUGUGACAUAGCCCUUGUAAUCGUGUCACAAUCACAUUAUGAAUCCGUUGCUAAUCCCUCUCUGUGGGCAAGGCAGACCAGAAUACCCCUUCUGUCUCUUAUUUUCAAACGCACUGAUAAGCUAGAACAUUGCUUUCAAAGUUGACUGCCAAUGUAUUCGAUUGCCAGAAAAUAUAAGCCAAGUGAUAUUACAAUUCCGAGUUAGACCUAGCAAACUGCUGCUGCUUCUCUCUCCCAGUAGUCAGAGAAGAGAUGUACAAGGCAUUACUAGCCAUCAGAUCCUAUUCCACAGCGUAAGUGGUCAUAGUUACUCUAGCCAGGGAGUGGGAGGCAGGGUGAAAGGCCAUCAGCAGACAACAAAUUAAAGAGCUUUUACUCCAGCCUCAGUUGAGUCUGUGAACCAACCAUUACGUAAUAUUAUCCGUUUGGACAUACAGAUGUGAUGGAUAGGAUACUCUUGUUUAUCAUGGCUCAUAAUGGCAACGAGAUGCUGUAAAACUAACAAUGGGGUCAAUACGUUCAGGCCUAUAGACCUUUAUACCCUCAUUUACUAUUAGACAGAAUUAGUGGGAAAAAAGUCACUAUACCCUGCUACCCUUCACAUCCAAAAUGCCUUCUUACAUGGAGGUGAACUACUCAGCCCCUGUGGAAAAUCUCAAAUCACUAGGUCCUCCUAUACCCAAUGCAGCUUGGCACCCUUCCCCACCUUCACCCCAGUCCACUUUGAAAGAAAGCAGCUUGCACUUACUGUAUAGAAGUUAAAACAACUACAAUAUUAAUACCGACAGACAAUGUCCUGUAAUAGUGUUGCUUGUGUAUAGAAACAAAACAAGCUAAACAUUUACUGUGAUUCAGAAUCAGGCCUCUGCAAGGCCUUCUGGGUAAUCGUUGACAGGGGCUUAUGUGGCCCAUGCCUGGGACCUCCAUCACCAACGUCCAAUAAGGAAAUGGGGAUAAUAACACACAGUACCAUACAUUAGCAACCACACAACUGUCCCACUUUGAUCUAACUGUUCUCAUGGACUCUAGCACACAGAGAGUGAGAGAGAAAGAAUGACAGAGUGAGAGAGCGAAAGCAAGAGACAGAGCACCAUGGACAGGGGUCGUGUUCAGGGCCUAGCCACACACCACCCCUUCACGGAGGGGUCACCAAUGGCAUGACAGUAGAUACAGUUAGGAACAGACACAAGGAGACCUGGGAAUCUGAGGAACAGGAAUGCAGCUAGCGGCUGAUGUUUAGAUGUUGACUCCCUCUCCAGCUUCAAUGUUCACCUUCCAUUUUAAGAGCAAUCCGUCAGAAGCCUAUUGAAGUACUUGACCAGCCAUAAUGAUGCAGUCUAACUGGGCAUUUUCAAAAUUAAGAUUUGCCAAGGCUAUCUUGGGUCAAAGAAAAUGUGGAUAAGGGCAUUGAAUCAUUUGAGGUCUAAUCAACAAAUUGACACAAUUCAACCAAGCUGCGAAUUGUGCAAAUUCUCGAUACAUUUUCUUUGUGGUAUGGCGUUAGAUUGAGGUGUUGGAGAGGUUGAAUUUUAAAGUGUCUUCUUCAGAUUCCUAGUCUCCAACCUGGUUAUAGACUCAUACAGUUCAUACUACAAUAGUAACUACAGCUUUUUUUUCUGAAUGCAUAACGUUUUUAUGGAUGAAAUGAGACAAAAUCAAUUGGUUAUCUUAAUAACAUGUGGUGUUAACUGGCUUGUGAAAAAAGACCCAUUGGUGCCGGAGGAUAGUUACAAGAUAAUGGUCAGCAUUUGGAACUCUUCAUGAAACAAAUAUAAAAAAGACAAAAAAUCUCAAAUUAUUAAAGUGAAUAUCACUGUGUAAUAUUUAUUCAACUUGUAAUUUAUGUACUCUUUUAACCUUUGUCUUUUUUGUUAUGAUAAAGCAUUUAUUUAAAUAAAGUUAUGUAUUCAUUUAAA